AUGCCGGUUGCAGUGGCAAACUCGUUUGCGUAUCAAAAAAUGCAGAUAAAAUCUGAUCAGCAUGUGUCAAUGAUGUUUUCUUAUCAUCGUAGCAUAGGAACCAUAUAUUCAUUGGAGCUUUGUCUGAAUCUUCAGGAUAUUGGUGGAAGCUCGCCCAGUUCAAAUAAUGUGGAGGGUAUCAGAAAUAGUGAAGCUGCUGAUUUUGUUCCGACUCGGGAUAACAGUAGGGCCCCAAGUCCAAGCUUCAACGCGUUCGUUCCGCGGGAUCAAAUUGUUGGUAUUCAUGAAGCACGCCCCGCCCCUUCUACACAUGUCGGGUUCGAUAGGGUUCCUGAUGCUGAUAUUGCAAAUACGUCCGACGAGGAUGAGAUUGAAGAUUUCACCGGUGAUGAGGCAGAAGUCGUGCCUGAGACGCAGCCUCUGCUUCGCGAUGCUGAUCCUCCAACACGGGUCGAAGCGGAAGGUGGUGGUGCAUCUUCCUCGACACCAGCACACUACCUGUCCUUAAAUCUUGGAGCAAUGCAUUCGAGUAGCGUUGAGGACAGACCGAGCAGCUACCCUUUGUCGGGCGAGAUGGAACUCGAGAUUGGGUUAAAAUUUCUUAACCGGGAAAUAGCGAUGCUAGCAGUUAAAAACUACAACAUCCGUAGGAGUGCAGAAUAUAAGGUGGUAGAGUCAGACCAGAGUAGGUAUGUUUGUCGAUGCAAGCAGUUCGGAGAUAACUGUCGUUGGAUGGUACGGGUUGCGAAGAUAAUGUCCUCUAGAUUUUGGGAAAUUUGA